CCCGAGCAGCACGGUGCUCACCAGCCUGGAGCAGGUGCACGAGUACCUGCUCACCCUAGGGACCUGCAAGUGCGGCCUGGACUGCCCGCUCAGGCCCGAGUCCGUCUUCAACUUCGACCCCAAGGCUGUCGACUGGAACGAGCAGGAGGCCCUGGCCGGGCUGGGCUUGGAGACCCAGGCGCAGGGGCCACAGGCUCAGCACCGCAGGCCGCUGCAGCAGCCCCUACAGCAGCAGCAGCAGCCCCUGCAUCAGCAGCCCGGCGCCAUGCCUCCGCGUGUGGCGCAAAGCAUCAGCCAGCUCGUGUCGGCGCCGGCCACCCCUAUCCAGUUGGCGGCCAGGCAGAACCCACACGCUCAGGCCGCCCUCAGUCAGAUGCAGCUGCAGCAGCUGCAGGUGUGCGCGCCGCAGCAGCAGUACACGCCGCCUCAGGCGCAGGCGCCACCAGCCGGCCAGCUCUACCAGCAGCAGCACAAGCAGGUCGCACCGCAGGCCGCGCCGCGACCCAUGCAGUACCCGCCGCACGCCUACCAGCAGCAGGUGCAGAGGAUGCAGCCUCAUGCGGAGGUCGUACACCAGAUGCAGCACCAGCACCAGGUGCACGCACAGCCUGGGCACGCCCACCCCCAGAUGCAACAUCAGAUUCAAGUCCAAGUCCACCACCCUGGCCAGGGCCAGGCUCAGCCGCAGGUUCACAACUCCAGAUUAGUACCGUCUCCAUCACCGGCGCAGGUUCAGACUCAGGUUGUCCACCCGCCUCAGCCCCAGGUGCACCACCCUUGUGUAACCCCAGUACCGUCUCCAUCGCCCGUUCAAGUUCACACUCAAGUUCACCACCAGCAACAGUCACAAGUUCAGCCACAGCAAGCGAUGCAGAGCCACCCGCAGAUGCAGACCAUGCCAGUUCACCUUCAGCCAGCGGUACCUCAGCGAAGGCCCUCCGUCGACUCCCUCGACGGGCAGUGCAGCCGACCAUCGAGUCAGCAGAGCGCGCACUCGGUUCCCUCUAGGAGCACUACUCCUCUGCAAGUUCAACAAAAACAGCAACUGCCACCUCAUCCUCACCCCCCUCCUCUUCUUGUAAAGCAACAGCAGCAGCUGCCUGUACCUGCCCUCCAAUUGCAGCAACAACCGCACCAAGCCAUGCAAACCAUGCAAUCGCAGCAACAACGCCAGCCAACACAAGAGGAGCAUCAACAGAAUCAUGAGGUCAAGCAGCAGGCGAUGCCACCGCUGCACCACCCCCUGCAAGUCCAUCCACAACCUCCAGUAGCCGGCCACCACUACCCCCAAGUCCACCUUCCGACUCAACAGCCCAAACAGCCGCAGCUGCAGCAAUCUCAGACGCAAAGGAUGAUCCAACUGCAGUCAAAGCCUACGAACCAGAGGCAGCCCUUACAGUCGCAACAAAGUCAACCUCCGCAGGUUCAACCCAGGCUAGCUCAAAUGCAUCAAGUCCAACCCCAGAAACCCCAACCGCAACCUCAGCACCAGGUCCAGCAGGCUACACACGUCCAUCCCCAGAUGCAAAAUCGGGUACAAGCCCAGGUCCAUCAUCCGGCCCAGGCUCAGCCGCAGGUUCACCAUCCUAGUGUAGCAUUAACACCGUCUCCAUCGCCCGCCCAGGUCCAAACUCAAAUUCAUCACCAGCCACAGUCCCAGCAAGCGAUUCAGAACCAGCCGCAGGUGCAGCCCAUAUCAGUUCCGCCCCAGCAAGCCGUACCACAGCGACGACUCUCCGUCGACUCUCUCGACAGUCAGAGCAGCCGACCACCGAGUCAGCAGAGUGCGCUCGCUGUGCCCUCCAGGAGUUCCACUCCUCACCACUCAUCACAGCAACCCCAACCUCAGCAACCUCAACCCAACCAGCACCAACUACGCCCGCAAGUUACCCCCAGCCUUCAGCAUGUCAAUCAACAACAGCAACAGAGGUCUCAGCUGCAAGUGAAUCAACCCCAGAGGCAGAUACAACCGGCUAAGCAGCCUCAACAGCAACAACAACAACAACAACAACAACAACAACAGCAGCAACAGCAACAACAACAACAGCAACAGCAACAGCAACCACAGCUGCGGCCCGGGGCUACAUGGCAGGUUCGUGUUCAGGUGCAGCAGCGGCCCACCACGAUCUCCCCUGCCGUGAGCUUACCCUCACCCCAGCCUCAGCCGACACCACCUCCCCAGCCGACACCCCCGCCACGAGCCACCCCACCGCCGCAGCCGACGGCAUCCUCGAGCCCCGAGGAACGUGUCCCGCCAUUGCAGCAGCACAUGCCGGCCGCGUCGUCGUCGUCAUCGUCGCCGCCGUCGUGGAUGGAGGACGUUCCCUCGCCUCCUUCGCGACGCCGUCAGAACCGCGGCGCCAAGGUUUAUGCCAACCGUAAGCGCGUACCCAACACCCCGUACGCCGAGCAGCGCGGCGGAGCUAACCGUGCCGGCACAACGCCCUGUCCCAACGUGGACGUGCGACAGCUGCCGCCGGCGCCCACCGUCCGGCCCUCGUUCAUGGAGGAUCCGAGCGGCUACCUGGCCCAGCAGACGGCCAUGCUGCACAGUACCAUUUCGCAGCAGCCGGCCACCAGCCCCACGCCGACCCCUUUGCCACAGGCUAGUCCUCAAUCCAUCUCCAGCACCCAACUGAAGACUCCCAGCCCAAGUCCAGCCUUCCAGGUUCCAACCCCCAAUACCUCCCCCCAUUCUACGACUGCUAGUCAGCCGAGUAGUUUGAGUAGGCAACCAGACAGCAGUGUCAUUCCUUCGGAACGAAACAUCAAAAGACCGAAUUCGGUUGAGGACAAUCCGGUUUCAUCAUCAACUGUCACAGAUUCAAGAGACGCCCAUACAGAAAGAUUUUCAUCUAUAACUGACCAAGAGCAGAAUAAAGAAAGAACUCCAUCUUUGCCUACCCCACCAACCAAUUCUGAGGGCAGUUUAAAAUCUGAGUCUCCACUUGAUACUGUUAAAAGAAAAGAAGGUGAAAAUAAUCCAUUGAACAAGACGGUAAAACCCCCUACACCGAAGAAAUUACCUGCAGGGCCUAUCCAAGGUGGAACAGUUAGCACCAGUAAUGGUUUUGGAAGGCUGACUCCUCAAGCAGAUGCUACCUCUACUACAGUUCCAUCAAGACCUUCCUCCUCUCAGUCACCUCGUGUAACUGUGAGCAGCAGUAAUGCUGUUCAAUCAAGGCAAAUAUUGACAGUCAGCAGGUCUGGCCAUAAAAGUCCCAAACGGCAGAGUCCAGGUGCUGUUUCACAGCCUAGUCAACUCACGCUUCAAAAUAUCCAGACUACAGUCAAUCGGGCUAUUUUACCUAAUACCUCACAACCAGGCCUGCCACAAGGCACCACUAUCAUUCCAAUAAGCAUAGCUCAGACCAUUCAAUCUGUUGCAAGUCAGACACAAGUGACAACAAUGGCUAGUGGUCAUACUGCAAGUAGCAAUACUAUUACAUCAGUAUUAGCAGGGCGAAGUCCUACAGCCACUGUGACAGUAUCAGCUGCUUCAUCUCCAUCAACACCAUCAACACAGACUCAAACUACAACUUCUCUACAACCGACCAGGUUGUCCAUAGAAGCAGUUCAGAAUAUUGUCAACAAUAUCCAGUUACAGCUUCAUCCUCAACAGCUUCAACAAAUGCCACUACACCAAGCUUUGCAGUUAGUUCAGCAAGCCCAACAGCAGGCUGCACAACAACAGGCUCAACAGCAGGCUGCACAACAACAGGCUCAACAGCAGGCUGCACAACAACAGGCCCAACAGCAGGCUGCUCAACAACAGGCCCAACAGCAAGCCCAACAGCAAGCCCAACAGCAGGCCCAACAGCAGGCCCAACAGCAGGCCCAA